AUGCAGUCCUUGGACUCAGAGAAAGGCUUAAUCAAAUUCAGCCAUUGUAAGAAGGACAUAUUUUGUUCCUACGUGCCCAAGCUGUGCCCUGUUUGUGGGCAGAGUCUAAACUACAGGAGACUGGAAGAUGCACCUGUCAGCAUUCCUAGCCCAUUUGUCAACGGGCAUAGGCAGAAAUGUUCAUUUUUACUUAAACCUACUACAGGAACAUUUCUUAGAGAGUAUGAUGGAAGCUCUGAUCUCCAUGUCGGAAUAUCCAAUACUAAUGGGUUGGUGUAUAAUUACAAUGAAACAGGCAUUCAUAGAGUUGAACUUGGGUGGGAGCAAUGCAUUAGUAUCCCACUAGUGCAGCCAGACAUGUACGGACUGCUUAAACAAUGGGAUAAGUACCUAGAAGAAUUCUCUACUGGAGAGGCCUGGUUUUUUCACAGGUAUGAUGAACACUACCACAAUUGUUAUACCUAUGCACUGGCAUUUAUUAACUGUGUUUUGGCUGCACAAGGUAAGCAGCCAAUGAGUAAAAGUAAAUUCACAGAAAGAUUUGUGAUACCACAGACAAGGAAAGCUUCCAAGUAUAUCACUGUCUACCGGGAGGUAGCUGAAAAUUACUUCUACAUUGGUGAUAGCUCUGAUCAAGAACAGAACAAUUCUGAAGAGGACAAAUUGUUACAUUAA